AAACCUCUAGCUUUACUCAACUUCUCUAGCUUCUCUCGGCAUAUUGUCUUUUACCUCGAAGGGACAGACCGAUAGCCGAUAGCAUACACAGUCAAUCGAUCAACUCUCACACAGAAACACAACAAACGAGCCCGUUUCGACAACGCGUAACCAAAGGAACCGAACCCAUACUCAGGCCAAUUCGCAAAAAGACCAACAAGGACCACAGAGGCAUCACCAUGUACUCGCUCAUCUUCACCACCGCCCUCUUGCUCUCCACCGCUCAGGCAGUUCCGGUCAACGAGGGUCACGAACUGGCCAAACGUCAGGUCCAUGUCCUCGCCGGAGCUCCCAUCAGCGACAUCAGCGUCAAGGCCGACAACCUCGUUCAGUGUGCUCAGAGUACCAUCUCGUGGACCGGUGCCGUCGCCCCUUACUCGCUGGCCAUCUCGACCGGUGGAUUGUACCUCCCUUCCAAGCAACUCGAGACCCAUGGCGGGUUGAACGAUGCUAGCUACCAAUGGACUGUCACCCAGCCCGAAGGUACCGGAAUGUACUUCCAGGUCACCGACGGCAACGGUGCGGUCGGAUACGUCCAGAACAUCUUUGUCGGCGCUUCGAGCGACUCGAGCUGUCUCUCUGGAGGAUCGUCCAGCUCGAGCUCUUCCGCUCAGCCAGCUAGUUCUUCGUCGGCCGAGAGCGAAUCCACUCUUGCUCCAUCGUCCACCUCGGUCGCUGCCGCCGCUGAACCCACCACCACCUCGUCCACCCCUGCACCGGCCCCUUCAUCCUCGUCUACUUCGGACGCCGAACCCACGACCUCAUCCUCUGUCGCCGCCGCUCCGGUCGAGGAAUCGAGCAGUGCCCCGGCCUCUUCGUCCCAGGCUGCUGCUCCCGCCGCUUCCACCACGGCCGCUGCUGUUGGGGGUGAUGGCAACGUCGUGACGGUCACCUCGACCUCGAGGGCUGCUGCAGCUCCCUUGACUUCCAGCGCUGCCACUGCCGCCGUCGGAAACACCGCCUCUGCUGCCGAUGCCAACGAUGGCGGGGUCGUCACCCAGACCGUCUCUGCCGGUACUCCCGCUCAAUCGAGCGCUCAGGCCGCCAUGGCAUCGAACCCGGCUGCUAGUUCCGCCUCGGCUUCUGGCGUCGCCGUGACGACCUUGACCGCCGGUGCUGCUUCCUCUUCCGCCUCUUCGACCAACCGAGCCGCUCAAGCUCAAGCUAGCUCUGCCGGUACCUCGACCUCGACCUCGGUCGUGGGUGGCAGCGUCCAGACUCAGACGCCCAGCAACUCUGCCGGACGAGUAGGAGCCGUCUCUGCCGCGAGCGUCUUGGUCGGCGGGGUCGUCGUCGGGUUGAGCUUGAUGUUGUAGAGUGAACAGAGAGCGGACAAAACGGACACUUUCUCCUCGCACCCAGGCUCCUUUCCUUUUUCCCCACUGUCCCGUAUAUGCAACAAAUAGGCCCCCUCUUUCGUACAUACUCUCGUUUCUCAUCAUAUUUCACUGGCAGAGCCGUGAUUUCUGUCUGUCUCUGUGAUCUGUUGCGAUGUAUAUAUCUUGACAACGACCAAACAAACAGACCACGAAACGCGUAGUGACG